AGUCUGAACAUUGAGCAUAAGAGUGUGACAGUGCAUGAAACCCCAGUAAAGCUGUUUUAAGUGUCCAGGCAAUACAUCUCUUUUCUAUGGCUGCAACACUGCAGCCCUUGUGGCUAUUCUUUAUACUCAUUUUCCUUCUAGUGGGGCUGCAAGGAGAGUCAAGGGGCACUGCACAAGGACGAAACAAGAGGGACGUCAGUAAUGACCAGCCUCGUAUGCUGUCAGACAAUGGUCACCUUGUCUUCACAACUGGUUACAAUAAAGAGAUCAGAUUUCAGACAUCAGAAUUAGGACGGGUUAAAGUCGAUAACGAAGACCUCACCCAUCUCUUGAGUCAGAUCAAAACCAACAAAGAAGACAUUGAUGACAUUAAGUCUCAUGGAGGUGGAAUUCCCCCUGAUAUCACCAACAAACUAAAUCAGCUUGAUAGCAGGGUGUCAACACUUGAGAACAAAGUAACUGCACUUGAACUGACAGUCCAGAGGGUCUCUUGCAACAGUAAUCCCUGUCAAAAUGGAGGAACAUGUCUGAACUUAGUCAACUCAUAUCACUGUGUGUGUCCCAGCAACUGGGCUGGUCCUAACUGCGCAACAGAUGUAAAUGAAUGUCAGGUGUAUUCUGGAACAUCUCAGGGUUGUCAGAAUGGUGCAACCUGUGUCAACACCCCUGGAUCAUUCACUUGUAACUGCUCUCCAGAAUGGUCCGGGAGCCUCUGUACUGUGCGGUACGAUGACUGCAGGAAUGUAGGACAGAAUCUGUGUGUGCAUGGCACAUGUAUUGAUGCAGACCGGGUUAUACCUGGACAGCCAAAAUACCAGUGCAUUUGUGAAAGUGGCUGGGAGGCUCCAGCUGGGAAUCUGGCCUGUGUGACUGAUGUGAAUGAGUGUAACUUACCCAACAAACCUUGUUCCACCAAUCCUGCUGUUCCCUGCUACAACACUGAGGGUUCCUUCUACUGUGGAUCCUGUCCUGCUGGUUGGCAAGGAAAUGGCUACAGCUGUCAGGAUGUGGACGAAUGUUUGACUAAUAAUGGUGGCUGCUCCACUACUCCCAUGGUGCAAUGCCUGAACACCAUGGGCUCCUUCCACUGCGGUCUCUGCCCUCCAGGGUAUGAGGGGGAUGGGAGAACAUGCACCCAGACUAAUAUCUGUGCUACCAAUAAUGGAGGCUGUUACCCAUUGGCUACUUGCUCCUCCAGCCCAGGUACAAGCCUCCCUAUAUGUACCUGCCCUCCAGGCUACAUAGGCAAUGGUUAUGGUCCAACUGGUUGCACCCAGACCAGCAACACCUGUCAGACCAACAACCCCUGUAUCAAUGGACAGUGUGUGGCCACCACUUCGGCUCCUGGCUAUGUCUGCAUUUGCAACUCUGGCUGGCAAGGUGUAAACUGUGACCAGAAUACGAAUGAAUGCUUCAGCAAUCCCUGUCAGAAUGGAGGAACCUGCACUGAUGGCAUUGAUGGAUUCACAUGUACUUGCACUGCCCAGUGGACUGGCCAACUCUGCCAGACCCCACAGCAAGAGUGUGGAGGUUACCUGACUGGCCCUGCGGGUACCUUCAGUUAUCCCAACAACCCAGGUCAUGAUGAAUAUGAUCACCAGGUUAGCUGUGCCUGGGUGAUCCGUACUGACACAAGCAAGAUUCUGCGUAUUACCUUUCCUUUCUUUCAUUUGGAGAGCAGCACCAACUGCAACUAUGACUUCCUUCAGAUUCAUGAUGGGGACAGCGCCUCUGCUUACAUAAUUGGAAAAUACUGUGGCCAAAAUAACCCACAAGAGCUCUAUAGUUCCCAUAAUUCACUGUAUUUCUGGUUUCGCUCUGACCACUCUGUGAGCAAUGGGGGAUUCACAGUUGCUUGGCAAUCUCAGGACCCAGUGUGUGGAGGUGAACUAACUGCUCCCUAUGGCAACAUUAAUUCACCUGGUUACCCUGGAAACUACCCACCUAGCCGAGAUUGCUACUGGACAGUGACAGUGGAGCCCAGCUUGCUCAUUACCUUUGCAUUUGGAACUCUCAGUCUGGAACAUCAUCCUGACUGCAACUAUGACUUCUUAGAGAUCCGUGACGGUCUUCUACCUGAGGACCCAGUUUUGGGGAAGUACUGCAGUACAGCAACACCUGCCCCCCUGCAAACUACUGGUCCAGCUGCAUGGGUUCACUUCCACUCUGACUUCACUAUCUCUGACCGAGGCUUCCACAUUACAUACACAACCUCACCAAGUGACCCUGGUUGUGGUGGUACCUUUACUGAAAGUGAGGGCAUUAUCAUCUCCCCCAACUGGCCCAAUAACUACGCCCACAACCGCCAGUGUGUCUAUAUGAUAAGGUUGCCAGUGGGUGAGAAGGUGGCCCUAAACUUCACUGACAUGAACCUGGAGAGUCACAGCAGCUGCUCUUUUGACUAUGUGGAGGUUCGGGAUGGAAGAACAGAGACCGAUCCUUUGAUAGGUAGGUACUGUGGGAGCUCCCUGCCAGCUCCCAUCCUCUCAUCCUCCAACUUCCUGUGGAUUCGCUUCAGGUCUGACAGCUCAGUCAGCCGUGCUGGUUUCAGGGCUGUAUACACUGUUGCUUGUGGAGGUAUUUUGACCGGGUCUGGGCAGUUACGCUCUCCCUACCACCCCAACGCCUAUCCCCAUAACAAGGACUGUGAGUGGGUCAUUAACCAGCCAGAGGGCUAUGUGGUCACCCUCAACUUCCUGUCAUUUGAUGUUGAGGGAGGCUCCUGCCAAUAUGACUUUGUUGAGGUCAGAGAUGGCUCCAGGUCUAGCUCUCCACUGUUGGGGGUAUUUUGUGGUGUUGAUAUUCCCCCCAGACUUCAGUCUACUCAGAAAUCUAUGUAUAUCCACUUCAAGACUGACUCAUCUAUCAGCAAUCAUGGCUUUGAAGCAGCCUAUGGUUCUGCAUUGGAGGGCUGUGGCGAUACCCUAACUAGUCCUUCAGGCACCGUCACAAGCCCUGGCCACCCCAACAACUACCCCCAUGGUGCCAACUGUACAUGGCAUAUCAAUGUUACCCCGGGUAACCUGGUUCGGCUCUCAUUUGAGUCCUUCAACCUGGAGUACCAUGCUAACUGUAACUAUGAUUACCUUGAGGUGUAUGACAAUGGCACUGUGCAGACCGGAACCAAGAUUGGCAGGUACUGCGGGCGUUCAGUGCCUCCAUCCAUCACCAGCACUGACAACCUGCUGACCCUGUUGUUUGUGACUGACUCAAGUUUAGUGACUGAGGGAUUUUCUGCCACCUAUGUCUCCAUCAAUGCCACCACAGACUGUGGUGAGACCUUCACCUCCCCUACAGGUUCUUUCACUUCACCCAACUACCCUGACUACUAUCCCAACAAGAGAGACUGUAUCUUCAAGAUCAUUGUACAGAUCAACAUGCAGAUUAUGCUGAACUUCACCAGCUUUGAUCUGGAGGGUACCCCUCCUUCUUGCAACUUUGACUUUGUGGAAAUCAGGGAUGGUGGCUAUGAAACAUCUCCCUUGAUUGGUAAGUUCUGUGCCAGUCAGAGACCUCCAGUCCUAGUAUCUCAUAGCAAUCGUCUAUGGGUGAGAUUCCACUCAGAUGCCACUGUAACACGCCUUGGAUUCACUGCCCACUGGGAUGGCACGCAGACUGGCUGUGGAGGGAUGUUGACAACUGCAUCUGGGACAUUUUCCUCUCCCAACUACCCUCUGCCCUACCACCCCAAUGCUGAGUGUUACUGGAACAUCAGGACCAACCAGGGCAACCAGCUCCUCCUCUCUUUCUCUGAUUUCCACCUGGAGUCCAGCUCCAGCUGCUCUUAUGAUUACCUGGCUGUACAUGAUGGUAACAGCAGCAGUGCUCCAGAGCUGGCCAAGUUGUGUGGCAGUCAGCUACCCAGCACCAUAAGCUCCUCUGGCAAUCAGCUUUACAUCAAACUCCGCACUGACAGCACCGUUAGCACUGGAGGCUUCCUUGCAUCUUAUACCUCCAACUGCAGCAUGCUCAUCUCAGGCCAACACAAAGGAGUGGUGGAGUCGCUGAAUUUUCCCAACAACUACCCAGAUGACUCCUACUGCAGAUGGACCAUCCAGGCCAGCAGUGGAAACACUGUCAACUACACCUUUACUGCCUUCCAGUUAGAGGCUACCUCUAGCAACUGUAACUAUGACUACAUCAAGCUCUAUAAUGGCCCAAACGAACAAGCUCCACUGAUUGGUAAAUUCUGUGGAGAUAUGCCCCCCCCAGCCAACAGCACCACAAGCUCAGCUCUCACCAUGGUGUUCAGAACAGACACCUCAGUGUCAAGGUUGGGCUUCCAGAUGAUGUGGUACCAGUAUGGUUGUGGUGGGGAGCUCUCUGGACCCAAAGGUUCCUUCAACAGCCCAGACUACCCCAACAGAUAUCCAGAAAACAAGGAGUGUAUCUGGUAUAUCACCACAACAGCUGGCAGCAGCAUAACCCUCACUAUCCAUGAGUUUGAUGUGGAGUUUCACCAAAACUGUAACUAUGAUGUGUUGGAGGUGUAUGGAGGCCCAGACUUGUCAGCCCCUCAGCUGGCCAGGCUUUGCACCACCACAUCCAGCCCAAUGCGUGUCUCCAGCACUGGCAACCUGGUCACGGUGCGUUUCAAAUCUGAUGCCUAUGUCAGUGGUCGAGGUUUCAAUGCGAGCUGGGCUGAAGUUCAGGGAGGCUGUGGAGGGCCAGUCACAGCUCCAUCAGGGGACAUCCAUUCCCCUUUGUAUCCCAGCAGCUAUCCCAACAAUGUCGACUGUUCCUGGGUUAUUAGUGUGGAUCCAAACCACCGUGUUUUUUUCAACUUCUCUGACCUGGAUAUUGAACACCAUAGCAACUGCUUCUGGGACUAUGUGGAUAUCCAUGAUGGUCCAAGCAUAUCUUCUCCUCUACUUGCCCACGUGUGUGGCACCAUUCUUCCGCCCUCCAUCACCUCUACACAGAACACCAUCUAUGUUCGCUUUAGGUCGGACUCUAGUCGCAACCAUCGUGGCUUCAGUGCUCACUUCUCCGAGGCUUGUGGUGCAACCAUCACAGCAGAUAACAAUGGUGGGGCCAUUGCGUCGCCACGAUACCCAGCACCAUACCCACCAAAUCAGAACUGUACUUGGAUCAUCAGAGUGCAGGAACCAUUCAACCAUGUGACCCUGUCAUUCACUGACUUUGAGUUAGAGAUGAUCAGUUCCAACUGUUCACAUGAUGCAGUGACAGUUCUGGAUGGUGACAACUACCAGGCACCUCUCAUAGGACGCUACUGUGGCUUUGAAAUACCUCACCCAGUGACAUCCUUCAGUAACUCUUUGGUGGUCAACUUCAUCUCUGACCACUCUGUGUCCAGGAAAGGGUUCAGAGCCACCUACUCAGCAUCCACUUCCAGUUGUGGAGGAGAUCUGGUGAUUGAGAGUGGUACAUUUAACAGUCCUAACUAUCCAGAUGCUUAUCCACCUAAUGUGGAGUGUGUGUGGACCAUCAGGAGCUCACCAGGGAACCGUCUCCAGCUCUCAUUUGUUACAUUUCACCUGCAGGGAGAUUCUGGCUGUCAAAAUGACUACCUAGAAAUCAAAGAGGGCAACUCCACUGGACCUGUGGUUGGACGUUUUUGCGGGAACUCACUCCCCUCCAACUACACCUCUGUGACUGGUCACAUCCUGUGGGUUAAGUUUGUCUCAGAUGCAUCAGUUAGUGGAGCAGGAUUCAGAGCCACCUUCUCACACGUGUAUGGCAAUGAUUUGAUGGGGGAGUUUGGUCAGAUAGCAUCCCCACUUUAUCCCAGAAUGUACCCCAAUAAUGCUCACUACCGCUGGACCAUAACUGUGGAUGGAGACAGCUACAUUCAAAUCCGCUUCUUGGACAUGGACAUAGAGGAUCUGUAUGACUGCUACUAUGACCAUCUCAAAAUAUUUGAUGGUCCCAGUGUCCAUUACUAUCCCAUCGGGACAUUUUGUGGUGUGUCACUGCCCCCUCCACUUACAAGUUCUGCAAGCACUGUCACCCUGCAGUUCCAGUCAGAUUCAGUGGUGGGAGGACAAGGCUUUCUUGUGGAAUGGACUGCUGUCCAGGACUCUGGACCACCACCCACUAUCACACCAGGUGCAUGUGGUGGACUGCUUAUGACAGGAGAGACUCCCAACUUCCUCUAUUCAUCUGGCUGGCCUGAAAACUACCCUCCUAACCAGGAGUGUACCUGGUUGAUACGUUCUCCAGACUCGACUGUGGAAUUUAAUAUCUUGUCUCUGGACAUAGAGGACUACCCUAUGUGCUACUUUGACAGUCUUGUCAUUAGAGAUGGUGCAUCCAGUCUGUCCCCCGUGCUGGCUAAGAUAUGUGGUCGGGAUCCUCCAGGCUCUUUCCACUCAACGGGAGACUCCAUGUUCAUUCACUUCUCCUCAGACAGCAGCGUUAGUGGACGAGGCUUUAAUGCUUCCUACUCCAAAGGUUGUGGAGGUCUUCUGCAUGUAGACAGGGGUGUGCUGAGCAGUCCCAGGUACCCCCAGAACUACCUCCCUGGUCUUAACUGUAACUGGCAUGUGAUGGUGACGCCUGGCUUCAGGAUUUCUGUCACCUUCCAGAACCCCUUCCAGAUUCAAGGCGAUGGAAGUCGAUGCACCUCAGGAGACUACCUGGAGCUUAGGAACGGUCCAGAUGGUUCAUCUCCACUACUGGGGGAACGUCUCUGUGGUUCAAGUGCACCAUCCCUCCUCCAGACUACUGACAACCACCUCUUUAUUCUCUUUACAUCUGAUGCCACUAAUGAGGCCAGUGGCUUUAAGCUGACCUUUGAAGCCCACAGUCAGGCGUGUGGAGGCUUCAUUGAGCUGAAUGAUAAUGAUCCUCCAGGGUAUAUCACUUCACCUAAUUAUCCUCAGAACUACCCCCAGAACAUUGACUGUAUCUGGGUCAUAACUGUGCCCAAUGGAGAAGCUGUCCAAAUUGAUUUUGAGGAUGAAUUCUACAUUGAGCCAUCUGUCAGCUGUAUGCAUGACUACCUGGAGGUACGUGACGGCUCAACUUCCAACGCCGACCUAAUUUCCCGGCUCUGUGGCAACACCCAACCAUCUACUCAGCAUUCAACAGGUUACUCCAUACUGCUCAGGUUUCGAACUGACAGCAGCGUCACGCACAAAGGCUUCAAGGCAAAGUACUCCAUAGGAACAUGUGGAGGUACCUUCAUAGGUCAGAGGGGUAAAAUACAGAGCCCUGGCUUCCCAGGAUCCAACUAUCCUGACAGCUCCAGUUGUGAGUGGUACCUGGAGGGGCCUACAGGGCACUAUCUCACUCUCAGCUAUGGAAACUUCAGCCUACAAACCACUCCAGGCUGUUCUGGUGAUUAUGUGGAGAUCAGGGAGUACAAUGCCUCAGGGCGCCUACUGGGUCGACACUGCGGCAGUACACUCCCAGCUUCCAUGGACACAUCUGACAGUUUCGCCUAUGUCAGGUUCGUCAGUGAUGCCAAUGAAAAUGCGGCUGGCUUCAGUCUGUCAUUUGAAGCCAGUAUUGAAGCCUGUGGAGGAGAGCUGAAUGCUCCCUCAGGAACUAUCUCCUCUCCCAAUUACCCCAACUUGUACCCACAUAGUCGGGUGUGUCGCUGGGAGCUCAUGGUCUUACCAGGUCGCCGUGUAACUCUCACCAUCAAUGACCUGCGGCUGGAAGAUUCUGGUACCUCCUGUGUAUAUGACUAUGUUGAUGUUCUGAAUGGGUUGGCAGCCGAUGCCCCUCGUCUGCAGCGAUACUGUGGUACAGUACCAGCAGGCACCCAGGUGCGUUCCUCCGGCAAUGUCAUGGCCAUAGUUUUCCGUACUGACGCUUCUGUGUCCAGUGGUGGUUUUAUGGCUUCUUACUCCUCUGAGGAGCCGGCAGAGUGCGGUGGAAACCUGAACAACCCAGCUGGUGGUAACUUCACUUCACCUGGUUACCUAGUGUCCAAUUACAGCAACAACCUCAACUGUGAGUGGCUGAUCCAGAACCCACAGCACACCAAUUCCUCCAUUGUGGUGCUCAUACAAGACCUGCACAUUGAGAACCACCAGACCUGUGAGUCAGACUACCUCCAGUUUCGCAUAGGUAACUCAGAUGGAGAGCUGUUGGCCAAAUUUUGUGGGCAGACCAUCCCCAGAAUUCCCAUUGUGGUUUUUACCCCUGAGCUGUGGGUCCAUUUCCAGACUGACUCCUCCCAGGGUGACCUGGGUUUCAAAGCUGAUUACUUGUUCUCCGAGUGUGGAGGCUUGCAGACUGGUGAGGGAGGGGUGUUAUCCAGUCCUAACUACCCUAACAUGUACCCCAGUCCCAGCCGCUGUGCUUGGCUGCUAGAAGCCCCAUUGGGCCACACUAUUACACUAACCUUCAGUUACUUCAGCCUGGAGCCCCACUCUACAUGUGCCUGGGACUCUGUCACCAUCUUCAAUGGAGGAUCCCCUGGCUCUCCUGUUAUUGGCCACUACUGUGGAACCACUUCCCCGGGAAUAAUCCAGUCAGGAUCCACCAAGCUUGCUGUAGUUUUCCUGGCUGACCAUAGUGUGUCCAAAGGAGGUUUUACGGCCUCCUGGACUGUUGAUUCCUCAGGCUGCGGAGGGGUGAUACAUGCUGAUACAGGAACAAUCAAGUCUCCAAACUAUCCCCAGAACUUCCCACCAAAUGUGGAAUGUACCUGGCAGAUCAUUGCCCAUGAGGGAAACCACCUGGAGGUGAACUUCAACAAUGAUUUCCAGAUUCCAGACAACAGUGGAACCUGCCUCAGCAACUAUGUCAAGGUGUGGUCAGGUCAGACACAAAAUUCUGAGUCUCUGCUGUACACAGGCUGUGGUUCAGUGGCCCCAGGCCCCAUCAUUGCUCCGUAUAACAUCAUCACAAGCCGAUUCCAGAGCACUGAAGCCCAGGGAAGAGGAUUCAUGGCCUCCUUCAGCACAAGGUGUGGUGCAAACUUCACAGCUCCCAGCGGUCGUGUGGUUUCUCCAAAUUAUCCAGCCAACUACCCUGACAACUCCAACUGCAACUACACCAUAGAUGCUGGAGAACAGACUGUAGUUAUCCUCACCUUUCGGGUCUUUCAAGUAGAAGCACACUCCACCUGUCAGUAUGAUGGGUUGAAGAUAUACAACCUGGCUACUAGGCGCCCUGCUAUUGCUACUCUGUGUGGUACCAGCAUCCCAGGACCCUUCUCCACCUUUGGCCCCAUGCUGGUCCACUUCUACUCAGACUCUGUGAUCACUGACAAUGGCUUCAUGGCAGAAUAUAGAGCCAUUCCAUGUGGUGGUUUCUUCAAUACAAGCAUGGGUACAGUGAGCAGUCCUGCACUCUCAGUAAUCCACUACCACCACAACAUCAACUGUACCUACCACAUCAGUGUACCAGCAGACAGAGUGAUAGAUCUCAAGUUUAACACUUUUCAUCUGGAGGCAUCUUCUUCCUGUCGCUAUGAUUAUGUGGCAGUGUAUGAUGGACAGGACAGCUUGGCACCCUUGCUGGGAAAAUUCUGUGGUGAAGUGCUCCCACCCAAUCUGCGUUCCUCCACCAACCAGCUGUUCAUCAUCUUCAGGACAGAUGCCACAGUGAAUGGGAUUGGUUGGAGGGCUACUUACAGUGAGACACUAGGUCCAGCACAGGGAUGUGGUGGCUACCUUGCUUCACCCAUGGGCAUGUUUGGUUCUCCAGAUCCAAACUUGGAUGGGCGCUAUGAGCCUAGGAUGGACUGCCUGUGGAUCAUUGAGAUGCCUGUCAAUAGGGCUAUCAACCUGACCUUCAAUGUCUUUGAACUUGAGAGCUCCUCUACUUGCAGUUAUGACUAUGUCAAAGUGUACGAUGGUGACAGCAUUAAUUUCCCUCUGGUUGGAACAUUUUGUGGAAACUCCAUCCCUUCUUAUUUUGUAUCCAGUGGAAACUUCCUGACUAUCCACUUUGUCACUGAUAACUCAGUACAAAGGCGAGGUUUCAAUGCUACCUACAGAGUUGUGCCACUGGUUUGCGGUGGGACUCUGAAUGCCACAACUACCAUUCAAACUUUGACCUCACCCUCCUUUCCAAAUGCCUAUCCCCCUUACACCUCAUGCCGCUGGAUCUUGGAUGCUCCAGCCCAGGAAAACAUCAAAGUGUCGGUCCAGACCUUUGAGCUCCAUUCCAGCCAGAGCUGCUCCACAAACUACCUUGACAUGAAGGACUGGCCUCUGGGAGACUAUGGGCAGUCACAUAAGUUCUGUGCAUCAGAUGAUCACCCAUUAGACUUCUACAGCUAUGGCAGGACGAUCCUUGUACAUUUCAAAUCUGACACCUUCAUGACAGGAAAUGGCCUAAGUUUCACCUAUCAGAUUGCCAGCUGCAGCAGAACGUAUGAACAGGAAUAUGGCUACCUGAAGAGUCCGGGCUGGCCUGAUAUCUAUCCACACAACAUGGACUGCAUCAUCAUCCUGAAGGCACCACAGAACACAUAUAUCUCCUUCUUUUUUAACAAUUUCGAUGUGGAGAGCCACAGCAGCUGUAAUUUUGAUUACCUGGAGAUCCGUAAUGGCAGUACGGCAGACUCCCCACUGAUUGAUCGGUUAUGUGGCAGCACCCUACCCAGCCCCAUCUUCCCACAAUCCAACCUGCUCUACUUACGCUUCAAGUCUGACUUCUCACAUGCCCGAGAUGGCUUUGAGGCCACAUGGACAUCCUCACCUCAUGGUUGUGGUGGCACUCUUUAUGGAGACCAUGGCUCAUUCUCAAGCCCCAACUUCCCAGGCACCUAUCCCAAUGGUACCCAUUGUGAAUGGCACAUCACAGCACCCAGAGGUCAUGUGGUGACCAUCACCUUUGCCCAGAUCAGUAUUGAUGACCCUGGAGAUUGCCAGAACAACUUCUUGGAGUUAUAUGAUGGCCCAGACACCUCCUCACUGCCUGUAGGACCUUACUGUGGAAUGGAAACCAACAUUGCUCCAUUCACAGCCUCCUCCCACCAAGUCAGCAUUAUUUUCCAAGCCCAGUAUGCCACCCUGCCUUCAGGGUUCAGACUCAUCUGGAGCAGCUGAAAGAAUGCCCUUCUUCAUACAUAUAUGCAGGGACACACACAGUUGCUGACACCUAAUCACAUUUUAAAGGCAAACACCUGCUGUCCAUUAUUUCAUUAUUUAAUCAAACCAAUGUACGCUUGAAAUCUGUCUGCAUUGUGAUAAUAAAUACCUGAUUUAAGAAGUUCAUCAAGUUGAUCAGUCAUUUGUCAUUUAAGAUGUUCACAUUGAAUUGUAGUAAAGAUUUACAGACUCAAGUGACACUAAUCUACAAGUUUCAGGGCCCAUUGGAUGAAAAAACUUUUUUUCACAGUGUAUGAAUAUGAUUCAGGCAAAAAUAGCUGACACAAGUUCACAUUCAGCUAUUUACUUCUGAGUUGCAUCAUACACACUUGUUAUUCUGAGAAUUUUCAAUUCACUUUCAGUUCAGUUUAUUCAUAUAGCGUCAAUUCACAACAAAAGUUAUCUCAUGCCACAUUGCAAUUGGAGCA